AUGAGGUCGGUGACGAGUUUCCGAGAUCAGAUUCCGGAGGUUCUCCAGCCUGCGAAGCUGGUAGAGAUGUACGAGGAGUUUGUCACCAAGAAUGCUAGCUCAGUUGGUCAGGUUGAGUCGGCAUUACGCUCUUUAACAUAUAUCAUACCUGUUCACUCCGGCGUUCAGCUACUUUCACUCUACCAUGACUCUCUUGUGUCGCGUGUUAUAGCUCGCCUCCCACUUUCCCAACCGCGCCCUACCCCUACUCCGCACACUCGAUAUACCAAAUACUGGACCUCCCAAUCACCCAUAUACCACAAAGUUGCUUUGGCGCUUCAGAUGGUCAAGUAUACCGAACUAUUAUGGGAAAUGGCAGCACGCAGGAAAGGCGAGAAACUUCGAUGGCGCGUCAUUGUUUUUAUAGAAGCAGUGAAGGCUUUCUGUCGGUUAAUAUUAUUGCGCUUAACGAACUCUAGGCCUAUUGUCAGCCCGCCACUCCCAGAACGAGAGGUUGAUCCAAGACAAUCAGACGGAGAUGAUAAUGGUGAUUUUAAUGGCAUGGAAACACCACCAAGCGAACCAUCUGAAGCUAUUGAUCUAAGCUGGUCAAUGCCUCGAACAGGAAUGUCGCUACCAAACCUGCCGGACGCAAAUGAUAUCUCGGCUUAUCUUACCUCUAAAGUUUUAACAGCGGAUGAUGUUCGGUCACCACAAACAUUGUUGCACCGGGUUUCUGGAACAGGUCAUCUAGCAGAGGUCUUAUAUAUUCUCCGGCCCCUGAUUUAUGCGAUCGCACUCCAGAGAUAUAGAGCAAAGAAGAAGAGCUGGACUCCUUGGCUUAUUGGUUUUGGACUGGAAUUUACUUGUCGUCAGCUUGCCAAAAAAGAAUUCCGUGAUAGGGUAGCAGGAGGCCUUCGUGGCUUAUCCAAACUGGAGAGAGAAGAACUCAGCAAGAGAGGCUGGAGCAUGGGAUGGUGGAUUAUGAGAGGUGCUUUCUACGAAAACGUUACGAAGUACGUAUCUACCUACUAUUAUCCUGAGUGGACUGAGAAAACUAACGCCUGUGAAAGAUCAUGGAUAAAAUCCAUUACAAACUCCUUACGCGAUAAGCCCCUACUUGGCCUUGUAGGGAGUGUUGUUGAAGACUAUGAGUAUAUUUGGGACAACUACUAUUUCUCCACGGCCACAAUGUAA